CUCGCUUGUCAACCUUCUUAAAAACUAGGGUUUCCGCAUAUAAAAGCCACCAUCUAAAACACAGCAGGAGGCGCUGAAGGUGAGCCGAAGUAGGCAGAGUCGCUAGAAGAAGCAGGCCUCGUGCCCUCGAUCUCUCUCACCCUCUGCAACCAUGGGUAUCUCGCGUGACUCGAUGCACAAGAGGCGUGCCACUGGAGGCAAGAAGAAGGCAUGGAGGAAGAAGAGAAAGUAUGAGCUUGGCCGUCAGCCUGCAAAUACUAAGCUCUCAAGUAACAAGACUGUGAGGCGAAUUCGUGUUAGAGGAGGCAAUGUGAAAUGGAGAGCCCUCAGAUUGGAUACUGGGAAUUACUCAUGGGGUAGUGAAACUGUCACCCGUAAAACACGUAUCCUGGAUGUUGUUUACAAUGCUUCAAACAAUGAGCUUGUCAGAACGCAAACUCUGGUGAAAAGUGCCAUUGUUCAGGUGGAUGUUGCCCCAUUCAGAGCGUGGUACCUUCAGCAUUAUGGAGUGGACAUUGGUAGGAAGAAGAAGGCAGCUGCUAAGAAGGACACUCCUGAGGAAGGAGAAGGAACUACAGAGGAAACCAAGAAGAGUAACCAUGUUGUCAGGAAGAUUGAGAAGCGCCAGCAAGGCCGUAAACUUGAUCCCCAUAUUGAAGAGCAGUUUAGUAGUGGUAGAUUGUUGGCUUGCAUCUCUUCUCGACCAGGCCAAUGCGGUAGAGCUGAUGGAUACAUCUUGGAAGGAAAAGAACUGGAGUUCUAUAUGAAGAAGAUCCAGAGGAAGAAAGGCAAGGCUUCUGGUGCUGCUGCUUAAGCAGUUUAUUAGUCAUGCAGAGUCUGGUCUCUUUGUGACUUGUUUUAGUGCGUUUGUGUUCUGUUUAGAUGGACCGAUGUUUGUCCUUACUAAUGCAACUCUCAAGAUUUUGCUUGGCAUGUCUAGUUGUUUCAAAUUAGAUGCUUUGACUAUUUUAUUAUCCACAAGUAAGUUUUGAGCUAAAA